AUGGGUAAUGCAGUUUACACGGAUCAGGCAGUCUGCUACAACACAGUGGAAGCAUGCAAAGCUGUAUGUCAAAAUGGCGAGUGUGUGUUCGCAGACAAAUGCAAUGGAGCUGAGAAGGCUUACCUCUGUCUACCAAUUGACUUCCGAUUUAUUACGUGGUUGAUGUUCAGCUGUUUCCUUAUUGUGUUGUUGGUAUGUUCGUCGUUGGUCGCCUGCUAUGUGUGUCGAGCGGCUCGUGCUUCAAUUCGAUGGCAAGCCGCUCACACUCCUCACCAUGAGGCCACCACCAACGGAACGUCGUGA